AUGGGUGCCUUCUUUAUAAGCUGGGAGCUUUGGCAGGAGAUGACCUUUGUUCUCGGCUGUUGCAUCGUUCUUGUCUUUGUCGCUGGACUUAUCAAGCUGUGGUGGUCCAAUCGCGCAAUGCGCCGUCACGAAAUCAUCGACGAGGAGAAGCGAGCAAGACUAUCGCUCAUGUCAUACUGCGGUAUUCAAAACAUGCGAACCCCUGAUAUUCCCUUCGGUAUUCGUGCGAUUCAGAGUGGCAUCGAGGUGGAAGGUAUCUGGAUCUCACGACCUAAAUCGCCAGAGUCCUGCCAAGCCACACCCUCAGCUACGUUAGUCGGACGACGUAUCAGGAUCUCAAAAGGAAAAGGAAAGAUGAUUGACCUUGUGUCAUCAGAGUGUCUACCGUCGAACAACUUAGAGACCAUGCCUCCCCGCCAAGUAGGUUUCGGCGGUUCACAGCAAGAUGACAUCACCCCAAUAAACGAAUACAACAGGCCAGGACCUCCCGCCAAGCAAAUUCGUAUAACUGCCAGCAAAGAUCAGAACCUCGACUUGAAUUACACAUUGCGGUAG